AAACACGCAGAUUCACCACUCUGAUUGGUGGAGAACCCUUCAAUCAGUACAGGAUUCGACGGGUACCCAAAAACCUUCGGUUGCGCGUGUGCUUCCCCAGGUCCUGGCAGCGCCAUCCGGCUGGAGGGAGAGGAUUCUGGCCGCUUGUUUUGUCACUGCAAAGGAACACUGGAUGUUUUUAUUUUUAUUUUAAUUUCUAUUUUUUCUGGAUGUACAUGGGCGUGCUGCCAACAGGGACAAAGCAGCAAAGUGGCCAUCCACAACGUCGCUAUCGAUGGAAAAAAUAAGUUGACUGCCCGUGGAAGAAUUUUGUUUUCCUCGUUCCAGGGGAGAGGAGAGCUCAUUUUUAUCAAAAUGAAUCGGAUUUCAAGAAUCAAGGGAGUGCGGGAGUAGUGACAUUCAGAGGAAGACAGCGACCCACAUUUCGAGAACACUGCACGAACGUCAAUAUCCUAAACGCCAUAUCGAUGGUCACAUUUCCGCGCGACGGUGCUUGAAAAAAAAUUGUUACACGGUGGUGUUACAUAGGUAAAGAUUUGUUCGAUGAGAGGCAUUUUGCCUGCGUGUAAAGCCAAAAUACAAGUAAGCUAGCAAGUGACAAGCUAGCGAGCGUGGCCUGAUUGAGACCCAGCUAACUUCUGCAAACUGAAUGCAGCACUGGCAGUGGGAACAGCGUCGGUGCUGGAUCAGACAAUAUGGCAAACAUGAGGAAAUUGAAAAGAUGAACGUGUGCUGUCCUAUGUAAAUGCACAUCGAUUUCCCUUUUCUUUUCAAAAAGGGGGGAAUCAGACGAAUUUGGAGUGAGGAGAGUUGCUCAUCACUUCCAACAUGCGGGAGAUUUAAGGCCGUGUAACAUUUAUUUAUUGUGGGGGGAGCGGGAUUUAUUUUUGUGGCAUCAACAUUUUAGCUUGUUCAGUUUAUUUUGUGAAGCAAGCAGAUUCUUGUACAGAAAUUCUUUAAGAAGCUUAAUAUUGCAUUAGUCGUUAGCAUUUUGCACGCAAUAGUGAAGGUCCAUUUUCAGAACUAGGUCAGAUUGGUAGAAUGAUAAACCUGAAGACUCAGUGAGAGUGUGGUAAUUAUGACAACUGACACAUUAAUUUCCUUCUCAUGUCAGACACUUUUGGUUUGAUUUUUGUUUUUGUAUCGUUACAUAUGACAGCCAAAUGACAGUUUGAAAACCACUGCUUGACAAGUCACACAUUUAGUCCGUUCACCGUGAGCUCCCACUAGGGACCCAUUUUUGCUCCUGUUCUUUUCUUCCCCUUGUUUUUGUUUUGAGUGGAUGGCUCUCUGCGGAACAACGGCAACUAAUGCCGCAAAAAUGAUGGCCGCGUACAACGGUGGUGCCUCAGCAGUGGCGGCACACCACCCGCACCAUCACCACCAACUACCGCACCUUCCACCCCCUCACCUCCACCACCACCACCACCCCGGACAACAUCAUCUGCAGCAUCCUGGCUCGGCCGCUGCCGUCCAUCCCGUUCAACAGCACGCCUCUACGGCUGCGGCAGCCGCGGCCGCUGCUGCGGCGGCGGUGAUGCUGAACCCGAGCCAGCAGCAGCCCUACUUUCCAUCGCCAGCUCCUGGACAAGCACCAGGCCCAGCGGCGGCUGCUGCACCAGCCCAGGUUCAAGCUGCUGCGGUUGUCAAAGCUCACCACCACCACCAUCAGCAUUCGCAUCAUUUACAACAACAGCUGGACAUAGAACCCGACAGACCCAUCGGAUACGGAGCGUUCGGAGUAGUUUGGUCAGUGACGGAUCCAAGAGAUGGCAAACGGGUCGCCCUCAAAAAGAUGCCCAAUGUCUUCCAGAAUCUGGUUUCCUGCAAGAGGGUCUUCCGCGAGCUGAAGAUGCUCUGUUUCUUCAAGCAUGACAAUGUCCUGUCAGCCCUUGACAUUCUGCAGCCUCCUCAUAUCGACUACUUUGAGGAAAUCUACGUGGUGACAGAACUGAUGCAGAGCGACCUUCACAAGAUCAUCGUGUCCCCUCAGCCCCUGAGCUCCGACCACGUCAAAGUCUUUCUCUACCAGAUACUGAGAGGGCUCAAGUACCUGCACUCAGCUGGCAUCCUGCAUCGAGACAUUAAGCCUGGGAACCUUCUGGUCAACAGCAACUGUGUCCUCAAGAUCUGCGACUUUGGCCUGGCGCGCGUGGAGGAGCUGGACGAGUCGCGUCACAUGACCCAGGAGGUGGUGACGCAGUACUACCGCGCCCCCGAGAUCCUCAUGGGCAGCCGCCACUACUCCAACGCCAUCGACAUCUGGUCCGUCGGCUGCAUUUUCGCCGAGCUGCUCGGCCGGCGAAUCCUCUUCCAGGCACAGAGCCCCAUCCAGCAGCUGGACUUGAUCACAGACCUGCUGGGUACGCCGUCUCUGGAGGCCAUGAGGACUGCGUGUGAGGGGGCCAGAGCUCACAUCCUGCGGGGACCCCACAAACAGCCAUCUCUUCCAGUGCUCUACACACUGUCCAGCCAGGCCACUCAUGAAGCCGUUCAUCUGCUCUGCAGGAUGCUCGUCUUUGAUCCAUCAAAGCGGAUCUCUGCGAAGGACGCGCUGGCUCACCCGUACCUGGACGAGGGCCGCCUGCGCUACCACACCUGCAUGUGCAAGUGCUGCUACACCACCUCCACGGGCCGGGUCUACACCAGCGACUUCGAGCCCGUCACCAAUCCCAAGUUCGACGACGGGUUUGAGAAGAAUCUCACGUCGGUCAGACAGGUGAAAGAGAUCAUCCACCAGUUCAUUCUGGAGCAGCAGAAGGGGAACCGUGUGCCACUCUGCAUAAACCCCCAGUCUGCGGCGUUCAAAAGCUUCAUCAGCUCCACGGUGGCUCAGCCCUCUGAGAUGCCCCCGUCUCCUCUGGUGUGGGAGUAAAGCCCACUGACCGCUGGGAAGGUCCAGCGCCCCCUGGUGGCCACAGCCCUGCCCAAGUGUCCUCCAUGAAACUCCUUCACAUCCCAACCACGAACCCCCCCACUCAGAACUACUGAAGAGGACCAGGCACCCACCAUAACCCCCCACCCACCCCAGACAACUACGUAGCAUUUCACUGGAGUCUAGGACUAGCAAGGAAAGACGUUUUCUUAUCACAUUGUGUACUGUAAUACUAACUGAAGAUGGAUUUUGUUUUUCUUCUUUUUUUUUGGUUGUUUUUCUUUUUUUGUUGAUGUACCAACCACUGCUGAUUAGAGUGUGUUUUUGUUAGAUAAAACAGGGGAUGGAUGGGGUUGGAGGGAGAGGACUCGUGGGUGAAAGGCGAACAAUAAUUUUGUGAAUGCGCUCACGCAAACUCAUACACACGCACCGAAGUCUGCGUGUGUGUGUGUGUGUGUGUGUUUCUGGAGGCUCUUGGCCCACUGUGGACAGGAAUGUGAAGUGUGAGCUGGGCCCAGCGCUCUGCUUCUCUGCGUCCUGUUCAAGUCAAACACACGGCUGUCAGAAGAUCUGAGAGGGGAAAAAAGACAUGGAAGAGGAGGAAGAAAAAGACAGACGAGGUGGUGGACGAGAGUCCCUGUGUGCCGUUUGGAUCCUCCUUUAUUCGUCUGUCUUCAAGAGGCUGGGGUCUGGUCUGUUGAGCCACACGCAGAAGACACCACACUUUCCUCCUCUCUCUCUCUCUUGCUCUCUCUCCCCCACUGUCCUGACUGAAAGGAUGACCUGAAUGUGCUGUAUUUUAUUUAUACUCUCAUACUGUUAAGCAUUAUGAUAAGAAGUUCAUGUACGUUAGAUUUUAAUUUCUUGGUGUUUGCCUCUCACUUUCUAUCUCUUUCAGUCUCUUUCUUACCAUUCCUACUUUUGUAGUAACAGGCCGUAUAUCCUGAUUUUAUUUUAUUUUAUUUUUGUCUGUUGCUUUGUUUAGCUCCAGUCAGCGUAGUGAGCUGUUAGCCCUGCUUGACUCUGAGGUCUGCGGGGUCUGUGUCUCCCUAACAGCACAGACUGCAGAGCGAUGAGGCUGUGGCCUUGCCCAGGAGCUUGGAGUGCGGGCAGUUGAGGGCGCUGUGAAAACACGUGGGCUCUCCAGAGGUCCCGCGCGGAUCAAGUCUUUUGGACAAAACUGAGAGCAAGACAGUGGAGUUUUCACAGACUGGGGGGUGGGGGGGGGAGGCAGUAUCUUUCUUUCCAUGUUUUUGUGUUCGGGCUCUUUCUUUAUUUGAAGUGUUGUCCGAGACCUGGUCAUAGUAGGCUUAGUCAUGCCAGGUCCCUUGCUGUAAGGACAGAGGAGACAACCUUGUGCUUGUUGAGCAGUCUCUGUUCACAAACAGAUAAGUGAGAGGACAAGAGGAUGCUGCUCUGCCUCUUUCUCUGUGGAGUUGGCAGCCAAUGAGGAGCGGUCAUGCGGUGUGUCUGUCCGCUGUAAUGAGGACAGAGUGACCACGGACAAACAGGCACAUAGUUAGACAGGAGGGAGGAAAGAGCGAACGUUGAAGUGUCCAUUUCAACAGUAGGGGCAAAUCAGCAGACAUUAGAAAAUGAUUGAUGUAACCAUUCCUUGAAGAUAUUUAAUUUAUUCCAUGUAAAACAUGGCCGAAGGUCCCCAAAGGAAGGUGUGUGCGUGUGUGUGCGUGUGUGUGCGUGUGUGUGCGUGUGUGAGAGAGUGAGAGAGUGAGAGAGUGAGAGAGUGAGAGAGCGUGCCUGCGGGUUGUGCUUGUGUAUGUAUGUAUGUUUGAGUGCAUGUGUGUAUGCCAGAGUAUGUGUGGGCAAAAGGAUAAUGCUAGCGUAUGUAUCCUUGCAUAAGUACCAUGCUAGAGACUUGUAUUAACGUUUGCUCAUUGAUUUGUCCAUGCGUUUUUACAUCUGCUGAAAUGGACCAUCAUGGAGUGGGAGCAGGAGUGCUGUGAGGCGGGCUGUAAAAGCUGCCCCCGAGCUUUCAGUCGGCAUGUUGGGUCAGACAGCCCCAGGACAGGCCAUGACGUCCAGUCAGGAGCAAGACCAGCUCCAAAGUAGGCUCUUACUCCCCAGGAUUAAACCAGAGGAAUAUUCUCACCGCCAUUACGCAUACACUGUAUAGUCACACUCGUACCUAUCCAUACACACCCAGGAGCAGAAAAAAAGAGAAACUAUUUAAUAUAUUUUUAGAUGAUUUUUUAAUUAUUAUUUCUUUCUUAAUGUUUCAAUGGCAUGCUCUCAUGACCCACUGAAUAUGUUAUGUAAAUACAUGAGUAGCUACUAGGAUGAAACAUCAGAAAAAUUCUACAGUGGAUUAAAAAAAAAAAAAAAAAACUUGCAGUUCCUAAAAAACUGAGGAAGACUCCAACAUUACUGCUGUAUAGAAGGUGAGGCCUGCACAUUUUUAGGGCUGUGAUUUUUUUUUUUGUCUUCUCUUUUUUUUCUGAGACUCCCAUAUAAUUAUAUAUGUAUAUAAUUUUGUUUUUGUUUAUCUUUUCUUAACUCCCCUUGCAGUAAGAAAGUGUUAAGAGAUAAUCCAAAUUACAAGCAGAACACAUAGCCAAUUAUGUUAAUUGUGUAUUGUGUGUACUUAAGAGAUGUGGAUAUGAGUAUCGAAGUAGAAGCCCUCUUUUAUUAUUAUUAUUAUUAUUAUUAUUAUUUUAUCCUUUAGACAACAAAACACUGAACUAAUUGUGUAUAUGUAUAUAAUGGAUUCACAAUGUUGGUCUCUACCUCUUGAGCUCAAUGACUUGGUUGUUUACCUCCACAUUUUUGAUUUUACCGUGGAGAUUUAAAACUUGAAUGUCCCUUCCAGUUUUUAUAUUCCUACAAAAAAACUCCCACUCUGGAAUGAAAGUCAUCAUCAAAAUUCAAAUUACAUGAGGAGGAGGCCCCUUGUAUUCCUAUUUGGAAAAUGACAUACCUUAUUCUUGGCCAAGUAUUCUCUGACUGUUAGUUCACCGAAAUCCUAUUUGACGUGUCAACCUUCAGUAAUUGAGGUUCUAGUUUUUGUUCAAAUGAAGUACAAAUACAUGGUAAUGCUUGUAUUUUCAGGGGGAUAUGUAAAAAAUUAUAACAUGCAAAUGAAACCGAUAAAAUGAUACAAUGGUAGUGUGCUGUGUGAAAGACUGAUGACCUCUGCAACUUCUGUCAAAAGGUAUAGGUACUACUUCUGUCAGGCAUUUUUAUAAGACAUUUGAAGUUUAUAUUCAGAGGUAAUGGUAUUUCAAUACAUUUUACGAUAUAUACUAAAGAGAGCUGUUAGUUGCCUGAAAGCUUAUGUUGGUCACACUGAGGGAUUGGAAGACGCAUCAGAUGAAUUUCAAUCUUCCCUUGGGGAAAAAUAAAACAAUGUUUGGUCUCUCAACAAAAAUGUAGAUUUGAAGUACCGUGGUCAAGCUCAUUAAAUGUUGACAUUGAAAAAAA